ACAAAUAUAGACCCUUUCUGCAAUAAAUGCGAGCGUUUUUCAUGGAAUGAAAUUGAUCUUGAAUAUUUCACCCCCUUCUCUCUCUCUCUCUUUCUCAGAGUAAAACACCUCGGAAACGUCUGUCACCCUGCUUCUUGUUCCACCUGUUGCAACAGCCAUGUAGUCGUUUACACGUUUUCUCUUUGCCUUCUUCUUCUUCUUCCUUUUCUCUCUCUCCUCCUCCUCGUCGUCCCAUCAACUUUCUGUUAUUCACCAACAGCCAUGUCAAUCUCAUCACUUCUCUCUCUCAGCCCAUGCCCAUCAAAAAUAACCGCUUCACUACACUCCCCACCAUCAUGCCCGUUGCCUUCCUUAGUGUUGACAGCCGACCUAUUCUGUUGUCGAAAGGCCCAUAGAUACAGCAAACGCUGGCGACCCUUCAUUUCUCUCUGCAGCAUCAAACCCAGCGACCAACUAAAGGGAGACCGCCUCUCUGAUGAUAUCUACUACAGGCUCCAGUGGAAGCAUGAGCUCGACAGAAUAUAUGGGACUGGAUUAUCCAGAAUUGAUGUUGAUGACCACGAAGUCUUCCAGCAUUUGGUCGACAAGAGAUGCGUUGAUAACCUGAGAAUGUUGGUUGUGGACGCUGUGCAGUGUGCAAAAUCCGGCCAUCCUGGCAUGCCAAUGGGAAUGGCUGAAGUUGGUUACCAUCUGUACAGGCAUGUGAUGAGAUAUAACCCAAGGAACCCCAAGUGGUUAAACAGGGAUCGGUUCGUCCUUAGUGCCGGACACGGCUGCCUUCUUCAGUACGUUUGUAUGCAUCUUGCUGGCUUCGAGUCCGUUCAGAUCGAAGACUUGAAACAGCUUUGCAAAUUAGGCAGUCGAGCCCCUGGCCAUCCAGAGAAUGAAGUUACUGCUGGUGUCGAAGUCACAACUGGUCCUCUUGGGCAAGGUGUUGCAAAUGCUGUUGGGUUGGCUCUAGCUGAAGCUCAUUUAGCUGCACGUUUCAACAGACCAGAUGCUGUCAUUAUCGAUCACAGAACAUAUUGCAUUAUGGGUGACGGGUGUGCUAUGGAAGGAAUCUCAUAUGAAGCAGCUUCUUUAGCAGGACAUUGGAAGCUGAAUAAGCUUAUUUUAAUAUACGAUGAUAAUCAUAAUACAAUUGAUGGGGACACAAGUCUUGCUUUUUCUGAGGAUAUUUCUGCCCGUUUCGAAGCACUCGGAUGGAAUACCAUAACUGUGGAUGACAUACAUGAAGAUAUUGAGCAGUUCAGAAGAUCACUUUCUUCCUCAUUCAAUCAAACAGAAAAGCCAACGUUCAUUAGGGUAAAAACCACGAUCGGAAAAUUAUCUGAGAAGGAAGGAACUUUGAAAGCUCAUCAUGGAACUUUUGACCCGGCAGAUGUUCAAAAGAUGAGAAGAAAGGUUCAGUGGGAUGAUCGAGCACCAUUUCAUGUCAUGCCUCUAGUUUACAGGGAAAUGAAGGCACGUGCUGACUACGGAGAAAAGUUGGAGAAUGACUGGAACUCCACAACCCAAUACUAUGAGCAGAAAUAUCCACAGGAAGCCCAUGAAUUGAAGAUCCUGAUAAGUGGUGGCCUUCCUCCUGGCUGGGAGAUUUCUUUGCCUCAAUGGUCGCAAUCGUACCCAGUAGAUGCAACUCGUGGGUACUCUGAGAGGUGUCUUAAUGAGCUCGCUAAGGUGAUUCCAGGACUGAUUGGUGGAAGCGCUGAUCUUGCAAGCUCGAAUAAAGUCUACCUCAAGGGCCACGGCGAUUUUUGUCUGCCAGGAUGUCCAUGGGGACGUAACAUACGAUAUGGUGUCCGUGAGCAUGCCAUGGCUGGGAUCUCAAACGGCAUUUCGUUGCAUGGUAGUGGCCUGAUCCCAUUUGCAGCUACAUUCCUUGUCUUCUCAGACUACAUGAAGAAUGCAAUGAGACUUGCUGCUCUGAGUGGUGCGCAGGUGAUCUACAUUCUCACACACGAUUCAAUUGGGCUUGGUGAAGAUGGGCCUACGCAUCAACCUGUCGAACAGCUUGCUGCUCUACGAGCUAUACCAAGGCUACUUGUUCUCCGACCGGCCGAUGGCCGAGAAACUUCUGGUGCAUAUAAGGUGGCUCUUUCUCACCGGCACGGGCCGAGUGUGAUUGCACUGUCUAGGCAGAAGGUUGAGGCCAACGUGAGUGGCACAUCUACGGCGGGUGUGGAGAAAGGAGGAUACAUUGUCAGUGACAAUUCACCAGAUGAUGGUGUGCCUGAUCUGAUACUGAUAGGAACGGGAUCAGAGUUGUCCAUCUGUGAGAAAAGCGCAGAGGUUUUGAGGACAUCCGGGUGGAAAGUGAGAGUGGUAUCCCUUGUGUGCUGGCAAAUCUUUGAGGACCAGCCAAUGGAGUACAAGGACAGUGUUCUUCCACCGCCUGUAACAAGGCGCAUCAGCGUCGAAGCCGGGUCUCCGCUCGGCUGGCAUGAGUACGUUGGGCGGGAGGGUGUGGUGCUUGGUGUGAGAGAUUUUGGUGCCAGUGGCGCUUACUUGGACACAUUUAAAAAGUUUGGUUUUACAGAGGAAAAUCUUACUCAAAUUGCUGAAACUUUGCUCCGGUGCCGUUAGUUCUCCUCUCACGGGCGAAUUAUUUACAAGUAGGAGUUGUUAGUUAAUCUUGAUCAAGACAUUAAGUUUAUUAACUGGACAGUGGUGUUUUCAGUUUUGAGCUUGAAUUUUGUUGCAAGCAUGACUUUUUAUUUCUUGAAAGCGAGCUUCCUGUGAGUUGGGUUUAUGCGGUCAAUGGUUAUGGUCCGAUGAUUGCAUGGAAUGCCUGAGAAGAGCUAGGUGAUGUUUGUUUUCAGUUUCUGAUCAUGAGCUCGACAAUGAAAACGUUUGAUUUUCCUCAA